CCGGUCCGGGCCCGGCCCGGGUUCGAACUCUAUUAUAAAUUAUUUUAGACUUGUAAUUUAUCUGGAGAUGACAGUACUUCCCAAUCUAGUCAACAAACAAUUAUUGCCCGUCCCUUACAACAACAACAACAACAACAAACAAUUAAACAACAAUCUAAACAACAACAAAAUACCCCAAUUCCUCCAACCCCUAAAUUAUCAAAAAUAAUUACAAAACGCUCAGAUUCGGAAAUGAGUGUUGGAUUAGGUGAAAAAUCAGCGGGUGAUUCUCCUUUUCCUUCAACAGCUUCUUUAACAGCAGACACUCAUGAAGCUAAUUAUUUAGAUAUUGCCGUUCUUAGAUGUUUAUUAAUUAAAAAUUGGGCAGAAAGAGGAGUAUUUUGGGCAGUGAAAUAUUUAUUAAAUCGUUUAAUAGCAAUGCGUCAAUAUAGAUGUUUACAUGAAGGAAUGUUUAGAUCAAGAUGUAACUCAGACACUGCUGCAAACAGAAAAAUAUCCAAAAAUGAGACAACAAAUCUUGAAUCGCAAUAUUUAACUUGGGCUGAUUUACAACAAGAAAAUCCUUCUACAGAAAAAGUUGAAGCAACAAACAUUCCUCCCCCUUCCCCUCAAAAACAACAACAACCUCCAAUAGAAAAUGUUUCAUUAAUUAAAGAACGUCGAAAGUCUAUAUUGGGUUUAAAACGAAGUAGUGUUGCUGAACAAAAACAAGAAAUUGCUAAACAAAAAGAAGAAAGUUUUUUAAUACCAAAAAUUGACAGCGAUAAACGUAGACGGAGGAUUUCAGCAAAUACUUUACCUAUUAAACAGACAAAAAAGAUUUCUCGUGCAGAAAUAGCUUCUGGUUUUUCAAAUAAAAAUGCUCGAAGCCGUAGCGAACCUUCACUUUUUUCGCGUCAUUCUGAUUCUUUAAUUCAUGGAAGAUGUUCUAUCUGCCCUCCUUCAUCUCUCCAAACAGAUCCUCAAGACAAAUCUUCACCCCCAUCAAACUGUCAAAGAAAAUAUUCCCAAUUUUUCCCAGAAGCAAUUGGGAGUGCACAAUUUAUUGAAGGAAAUGGACAUUUAUCCAUGUUAGCGUUACUUAAAACCCUGGGGGCGUUAAUGGAACGUUGUACUGUUGUUAAAGUAUCUGAGAUUGUAUUAAAUAUUUGUGAUACUUUACUAAAUAUGCCAAAUUUGGAAUUUUAUGGAGCCCGUCUUUUCUUUGAAAAUAUUUUACAUAUUUUACACCGUGUUUGCCUUCAAUUGGGUUGUCCUAAUGGUUGUAAUGAAGGAAGUGUUAAAUGUCCUCAAGCAGAAUUUUUAAGAAUAAAAUUGAGAAAUUUGAUUGCACAAAUGCAUAGAAUUAAGUAUAUUAUUUUAAAUUAA